AUGUUGGCUCUGAAUAGCGAAGAAACAUUAGUGAAAAUCAAUGACAAAGGCAAACUUGAAUAUGGGCCGCACAAGAGCAGAAUUGAUUUCUUAAGGUGUGGUGUGUAUAGAGAGAGUCUUUUAUCACUCCCCGGCGAUAUGGAGGAAACAACCAGAGUGAAGCCUCGGUUCAGUGAUUACAUUGGUCGAGAUUUAACAAGUGAUCCAACUGGAACGUUUCUAGCAGACAAGCUGAUUUAUCUUGCAGAAAGGGCUGCUGCUAAUUGUCACACAGUGAUACAAGUAUACAGUAUAGGUUUGCUUGCCCUGCUGGGGGAGGCCAGUGAUAAGAUUGAGGAUGUGAAGGUUAGGUUGAUGCAAUUCAAACUUUAA